UUGAAGCUAAAUGGCUCAUUGUCCUGAUCCUCUGUCCUGAUCCUCCGUCCUGAUCCACACAGGGCUGUAGGUUACAGGUUCUGGAUCUUCUUCCACAGAAGGAGAACUCCCACUGCACUGAUACACCCACGAGACGUCCUGAACCCUGAUGGAGAGAUCGUAGGUGACGAUCUUCUAUGACCAACAUGAGUUGGAGUUUUCUGACGCGCCUUCUGGAGGAGAUCCAUAACCACUCCACGUUCGUGGGGAAGGUGUGGCUGACGGUGCUAAUCGUGUUUCGCAUUGUGCUGACGGCCGUGGGCGGCGAGUCCAUCUACUCGGACGAGCAGACCAAGUUCAUCUGCAACACCAAGCAGCCCGGCUGCGACAAUGUCUGCUACGACUCCUUCGCCCCGCUGUCGCACGUCCGAUUCUGGGUCUUCCAGAUCAUCAUGAUCUCCACGCCCUCCGUCAUGUACCUGGGGUACGCCAUCCACAAGAUCGCCCGCAGCUCGGAGGACGAGCGCCGCAAACAGCAGCGGCAGCACCGCAGGAGCCACAGGAGCCGGUGGAGGUCCGAGGUUCUGGAGGAGGAAGAGGAUGACGAUGAUGCAGAGCCAAUGAUCUAUGAGGAUGCACUGGAGGUCCAGGAGGCCAAACCGGAGGUGGAGAAGAGCGCCGGUCGAGAUCCUGCGAAACACGACGGGCGUCGCCGGAUCAUGCAGGAGGGUCUGAUGAGGAUCUACGUACUCCAGCUGCUGUCUCGCGCCGUGUUUGAGGUGGGGUUCCUGGUGGGUCAGUACCUGCUUUACGGAUUCCGCGUGAACCCCUCGUACGUUUGCAACAAACUUCCCUGCCCGCACAAGGUGGACUGCUUCGUGUCUCGACCGACGGAAAAGACCAUCUUCCUGCUGAUCAUGUACGUGGUGAGCUGCCUCUGUCUGGUGCUGAAUGUUUGCGAGAUGUUCCACCUGGGGCUCGGAGCCUUCCGGGACCAGAUCCGCAAGCGCCGGAAUCAGAGCCGACACCGUCCCUACGGCUACCCUUUCUCCAGGAACAUCCCGGCCUCUCCGCCGGGCUACAACCUCGUGAUCAAGUCCGAGAAACCCGCCAUCCGCAUGGCCAACAGCAUCCUCCCACACGAGCAGAACUUGGGCGCAGUGGACCAGGAACCGCACUGCACCAGUCCGGACGAGAACAUUCCGUCGGAUUUGGCCAGUUUGCACCGGCACUUGCGAGUUGCUCAGGAGCAGCUGGACAUGGCGUUUCAAACGUACAACGUCAAAAACCCUCAGACAUCCAGAACCAGCAGCCCGGCGUCCGGCGCCACCGUAGCAGAGCAGAACCGGGUCAACACGGCCCAGGAAAAGCAGGGCGCCCGACCCAAAUCUGGCCCGGAUAAAGCCGGGACGAUAGUCAAGAACGGAAAGACUUCUGUAUGGAUUUAACUCCUGAACCAUCAGUGUUCUCACUGACGUACUGCAGACGUUUCUAGACACGAUAUUCAAUUCCUUCAGUUCCCGUCUUUUCGGAACAAACCUCUGAGAACCAGAACCAGAACCUGAACCAGAACCAGUACAACAUCCCUCUCUUCACGAUGCUUCUUCUAGUGCUUACCAACCUUCUGAGUAGAUCUUCAGAGCAGUUACUGAUCCACGUUUCCGUGUUUGGUGUCGUUUUUCUCUCAUUUGUUAAAAGCAUGCACCGUUUCUGACGUCAGACGAGGUUUUAGUUUUAAUAGUUAAUAGAUUUAACUAAUUUAUUAUUUGCUUUCUUUACAGUUGUUCCGUUUCAGAUUCACUCUAGUUUUAGUUCAUAAUUUGGAGAUUUUAUCUUCUCAAAUUCAAAAGUUCUAAAAUUCGCAACUCCGGACUCCUGGAUGUUGAGCUUUUCUUUGUCAAUGUUUGAUGUUCUUCGUUGUAGGAACUCUACAAUCCAUGAUGCAGUGCAGUUUACGGGUGAAUGGUGUAGUGAUAUGCUUUGGGAUUUUUUGUUGUAUUUCCUUAGUUAACUGUAAAAAAAAAAAAAAACUUUUGAAAAUAGUUUUUUGAGUUUAUUGAAUCUCAAAUUAUACAUCAAUUUAGCUUUUUAUGACACCUACAGUAGAGGGCUUGCACUGACAUCACGUUCCCACCGGAAUAUGCCAUUUUUAGUUGGUCUGAGAAGCAAACUAUUCUACUGCAUGACUUCUUAGUGUUUCUUAGUGAAAAUUACCUCUGAAACAAGCGAUUAUAACUGUACAAAUGACUACAAUUAACACAGAGCUAACAGUCUAUAAACAUUGAUAUGGCUUUAUAUACAGCUCUGUAAAAAAUGAAGAGAUCACUUCAGUUUCUGAAUCAGUUUCUCUGAUUUUGCUAUUUAUAGGUUUAUGUUUGAGUAAAAUGAACAUUGUUGUUUUAUUCUAUAAACUACAGACAACAUUUCUCCCAAAUUACAAAUAAAAAUAUUCUCAUUUAGAGCAUUUAUUUACAGAAAAUGAGAAAUGACUGAAAUAACAAAAAAGAUGCAGAGCUUUCAGACCUCAAAUAAUGCAAAGAAAACAAGUUCAUAUUCAUAAAGUUUUAAGAGUUCAGAAAUAAUCAAUAUUUGGUGGAAUAACCCUGGUUGGUUUUUAAUCACAGUUUUAAUUUCAUGCAUCUUGGCAUCAUGUUCUCCUCCACCAGUCUUACACACUGCUUUUGGAUAACUUUAUGCUGCUUUACUCCUGGUGUAAAAAUUCAAGCAGUUCAGUUUGGUGGUUUGAUGGUUUGUGAUCAUCCAUCUUCCUCUUGAUUAUAUUCCAGAGGUUUUUAAUUUGGUAAAAUCAAUGAAACUCAUCAUUUUUAAGUGCUCUCUUAUUUUUUACAGAUCUGUAUGUAACAUAAAUAUUCAUAGUCUGAUUCAGUUACGAUUGGUUGUGAAAUCGCAGUGAUUACGCAAAAGCUCCUCCCAUUCGGUGUUAAUUAGCAUUUGCACUGGAUGCUAAUGCUAACACCAGUCAGUGGGUGUAACCGCAGUGACUCCGCCCACUUGUGAUGUCAUGUGUGUGCCCUCCAUUCUUUUUCUGUUAGCUUAGCAGUUGCUACAUCAGUUUUGGUUGUUUAGUUAGAUUAUCAGAUCUGUGUAGAGUAAGGAAGUUAACACGUAAACAGUAACAAUGUGAAAAAGUUUUUAUUUUAUUAUUUAUUUUGUUGAAAUUAAAACUUGCACUGUGUUCUGAGAGGUUAUAUUUAACACUGUGUAUAACUGUAGAUAUAUAUAUAUAGUUUUAAAAUGUGGAGUUUGGGGUAUUUUAUAAGAAAUCCAGGCGGGUGGUUUCUGCCUGUGUUUUUGCGUGAGUGAAUUAGUUGUAUAUUUGAGCCGAACGCAGCGAGGGACGGUAUGCAGUGAAACAGGAAGUACCUGAUCUCUGAUAUAAUGUGCAAUAAUGUAAAAAAAAAGUGUGAAAGCGUUAAACUGCCAUGUUUUCUUAUUAUUUAGCCUAGUCGAGUUAAAUCACAUAGUUUAAAGCAGAACUCUGGUGUAAAAUGUACUUUUGUUUUAGUAAAACAUGAUAAAAGUUCUUAUCUUUGAUGAAUAGCUCACCUCCGUUCUCCCACAGCGUUCAGAGAUCCAGAAAUUUUAACAGUUUAUCCAACAAACACCCUUCAGACUGGGAGAUACGGGGCAUAAUUUACCCUGAUAAAUCACUUUUUACACCGUUAUCCAGCUCAAAGUAGCUCCACACCUCCUUACUAGAAUCUGGAGAGUCCUGACAUUUAAAACGAGGCAUUAAUAACUUAAAAAGUGCAGAAGAAGCUUAUUAAAAACCACUGUUUACAUCCUAUAACACUACUAGCUUCAGCUCCGAGCGCCGCCAUCACUGUACUGAUAAUAACAUAGACAUAUAUAUACAUAGACUCCGCAUAGUGUAGCCGGCGGCAGUAGGAUAUAUAUAUAUGUCUAUGUUAUUAUCAGUACAGUGAUGGCGGCGCUCGGAGCUGAAGCUAGUAGUGUUAUAGGAUGUAAACAGUGGUUUUUAAUAAGC